UCUGACCUUUCAGUGUGAACAAAGUCUUUGUACAGGAGAAUGAGAGCCAACCAGACAUGGAUCACAGAGGUCACUCUACUGGGAUUCCAAGCUGACCUAGCAGUGGAGUGUUUCCUUUUUGGGCUUUUCUCUCUGUUUUAUUCCUUUACACUUCUUGGGAAUGGAAUCAUCCUUGGAAUAAUCUGCCUGGACCACAGACUGCACACACCCAUGUACUUCUUCCUCUCUCAUCUGGCCAUUGUUGACAUGUCCUAUGCUUCCAAUAAUGUCCCCAAGAUGCUGGCAAAUCUUGUGACUCAAAAAAGAACCAUCUCCUUCAUUCCAUGUAUAAUGCAAACGUUCUUGUAUCUGGCCUUUGCUCACAUAGAGUGCCUGAUUUUAGUGGUGAUGUCCUAUGAUAGGUUUGUGGCCAUCUGUCACCCCCUUCACUACACUGUCAUCAUGAGUUGGAGAGUGUGUACCAUCCUGGCUGCUGUUUCCUGGAUAUUUAGUUUCCUCUUGGCUCUGGUCCAUUUAGUUCUCAUCCUGAAGCUGCCCUUCUGUGGACCUCAUGAAAUCAAUCACUUCUUCUGUGAAAUCCUGUCUGUCCUCAAGCUGGCCUGUGCUGACACAACACUCAAUCAAGUUGUCAUCUUUGCAGCUUGUGUGUUCAUAUUAGUGGGACCACUGUGCGUGGUAUUGGUCUCCUACAUGCGCAUCCUGGUGACCAUCCUGAGAAUCCAGUCAGGGGAGGGUCGCAGAAAGGCCUUCUCCACCUGUUCCUCCCACCUCUGUGUGGUAGGGCUCUUCUUUGGCAGUGCCAUUGUCAUGUACAUGGCCCCCAAAUCCCAGCACCCUGAAAUGCAGCAAAAGAUCCUUUCCCUGUUUUACAGCCUUUUCAACCCUAUGCUGAAUCCCCUGAUCUAUAGCCUGAGGAAUGCUGAGGUCAAAGGUGCCCUCAGGAGAUCACUGUUGAAGGAGAGACUAAUGUGAGAGACAUCAGAGAAUGACUUGGAUGGAUAAUUUUUCUUUCUGUCAAAUACAGUAGUUGGCACUCCUUUGU